AGCCGCGGGCGACAGCGGCGGCCGGCGGGCAGAGGCCGAGAGGCCUGGCCGGAGGGGAGGCCUGAGGGACGGCAGGCGGAAAGGCGGGCGCCAUGGGGUCGCGGAGGCUCCCCAGCCGUGGCUGGGGUUCCGGGGGACGGUCGGGGGCUGGGGGCGAUGGCGAGGACGAUGGGCCCGUGUGGACCCCCAGCCCCGCCAGCCGCAGCUACCUGCUCAGCGUGCGGCCCGAGACCAGCUUAUCCAGCAACCGGCUGCCUCACCCAAGCUCUGGAAGGAGCACCUUCUGCUCCAUCAUUGCUCAGCUAACAGAGGAGACCCAGCCCCUAUUCGAGACCACGCUCAAGUCCAAGGCUGUGUCCGAGGACAGCGACGUCAGGUUCACCUGCAUUGUCACAGGAUACCCAGAGCCAGAGGUGACCUGGUACAAAGAUGACACAGAGCUGGACCGAUACUGUGGCUUGCCAAAGUACGAGAUCACUCACCAGGGCAACCGCCACACACUGCAGCUAUACAGGUGUCGAGAAGAGGACGCGGCCAUCUACCAGGCCUCUGCCCGGAACACCAAGGGCAUUGUGUCCUGCUCAGGGGUCCUGGAGGUGGGCACCAUGACUGAGUACAAGAUCCACCAGCGCUGGUUUGCCAAGUUGAAGCGCAAGGCUGCAGCAAAGAUGCGUGAGAUCGAGCAGAGCUGGAAGCACGGAAAGGAGGCCGUAGGGGAAGCUGACGUCCUGCGCAAGCUCAGCCCUGACCGCUUCCAGCGAAAGCGGCGGCUGAGCGGGGGACAGGCGCCUGGCCCCCCAGCCCCAGCCAGGGAGGCAGAAGAAGGGUCCCGGACUUGGCAGGAGGGAGACACUGAAUCUGCUCAGCACCCGGACUUGGGCCUGAUCACCAGCUUUGCUCCUGAAGAGAUGCCCACCAACGGGGAGGCAGCCCCCGAGAACGGGGAGGAUGGAGAACAUGGCCUGCUGACCUACAUCUGUGAGGCCAUGGAGCUGCGGCCCCACAGAGCCCCCAAGAAGGAGUCUCGGGCCAAGAAGAAAAAGAAAGAGGAGGAAUCUAAGCAAAGUGUGCGGAAGCCAGAGUUAGAGAAGGCAGUCGGAAGCCACCGCUCUUCAGAAAGCAACACCCCGAGUUCUAACAAGCCUGAUGCCCGGGCCACACAGGGGCCCACGGACGUGGGGCAGGGCCACAGCCAGCCUAGAGGCAGGGCCUCACGUGGCCCUGGGCCCUCCAGGGUGGAUAACACCGGAAAACCAGCCUCUGCCAUGGGGACUAAUGACAAGGCCCAGGAUAGCUCUGCCCCAGGCCCUACCCAGGAAGUAUAUUUCUCCCUGAAGGACAUGUACAUGGAAAGCACCCGGGCAGCCAGGCCUCAGGGCGAGGAGGGGUCGCAGACCCCAAGUGUCAGGGUAUCUGGAGAGAACCUCUCAGGGCAGCUGUCCAUUGAGGCUGGAGGGGAGAGGGUGCCUGCUGCUCCUGGCCAGUCCCUGCCCUCCUUGGCCCCACAGCCAACUAGGCCCGUUAACAGGAAGAGAUUUGCCCCUCCAAAGCCCAGAGCGGAGCCCACUGCUGACAGCAAGCCUGUUUCUCCCUUGAGUCAAACUCCAGAGCAUGGGGCCCAGAGCUUAGGGAAGGCCCCUGCCCAGGGCUCUGCUCAGGUGCCUACACCCCCUGCCCGGCGGAGACACAGCACCCGCGACAGCCCCUUGCAGGGGCGAGCCGUCCACAGGACUCCGGGAGAGGUCCCGGAGUCCCAGGCAACCACAACUGCAGCCACCCUGGCCGGCGGCAGCUCUGGUGUCACCUCCAUUGGUGGUGGUGGCACCUCCAGAAGCCAUGACGUCAUCGAGCCCAUGGACACAGACACCCAGGCUGGGGGGCCAUCAUCUGCUGACCAGAGAGCCGGAGGCGAGCAGGAUCAGCAGUUGAGGGGAGAGAUGCAGGUGGAGGGGAGGCCUUGGGCUGACGGGGCACAGAGAAGCCAGAGGACACAGGCAGAGGGGGAGAUGCAGGUGGAAGUUGUAACCCAAGAAAGUGCGAGGCCACAGUCAGUCGAGAGCUCCCAGAGGGGUGUGGUGACACAGGCAGAAAGGACACAGGCUGGUGAGAAGACUCAGGAAGGCACACAGAUGCGGGAAGCAAAGGGGACACAGUCAGGGGGGAGCGCAGCCGCAGCCACGACGGGGCAGCUGGAGCCGCCGUCCGUGACCAGCCUCAGCCCACCGGCCGCAGCCCCUCAGCUCCCAUCUCCGGAAGGGCCGAGGCCUCCUCAGAUCACCGGAGGCUUUGCACAGACCCCAGCAGGGUCUCGUGUCCCAGAGGAACCUGGUUUCCUGCUCAGACCCGAGGAGGCAGCAGUACCGGCCCCAGAGACCCAUAAAGAAACACUUACUCUCCCCGCCCAGCCACCUCCCGGGGGGAGCUUGGAGCAGAAGGGAGGAGAACGAGGGUUCCCCUGCCCCACGGAGGCACAGCCAGGCGGCAUGCUGUGUGUGGACCUGGGGGGCUGCCCUGCAGCUGGCCCGAGCCAGGAGGGGCCCAGUGUGCCUUCUCCUCCGGGGAUGGGCCCCACCAGCAGCCCACGGGAGGGGCUGCCCAGCACCCUGACAGCUCAGCACAGGGGCACAGCUGCCAUCCAGCCCUCUGCAGACCAGGCCUUGCCGAGUUCUGCCCCCACUCUGCACCUGGGGCCGGGGCCCCCUUCCCAGGGUCACCCAUCAGAAACUCUGGGCGCCAGCAGUGAGGGGGCCUGCGCCAAGACACCGCCCGGGGAAGGGGGGACCUCAGGGCCCCGCAGCUGUGACCCUGGCCUCAUCGACUCCCUGAAGAACUACUUGCUUCUGCUGCUGAAGCUGUCCAGCGCCCAGACGAGCGGGGCCGGGGCAGAGGCUCAGGAGGGCACCGCGGCGGGCGGUCUGGCCGCCCCGUCCACUCUGGCCCCCACCGUGGAAGUGGCUGGGCUGAGCCCGCGGACAUCGAGGCGCAUCCUGGAGCGCGUGGAGAACGACCACCUGGUGCAGAGCGCGCAGACCCUGCUGCUGAGCCCCUGCACCUCCCGCCGCCUCACCGGCCUCCUGGACCGCGAGGUGCAGGCUGGCCAGCGGGCCCUGGCUGCGGCCCAGGGCUCCCGCGGCCCAGGCCCCAGCCCGCUCACUGUCCCCGCCAUCGUGGUAGGUGAGGAGGAGGGCACCCGGCUGGCCUCCGAAGGACCCAGCGAGGGGGAGGGAGAGCUGUCCCCUGAGGGGCCUGGUGGGCCCCUGGGGCAGGCAGCCUCUGGGCAGGGACUGCUCUCGGCAGGGGGCGGGGCCCAGGAGCCCUUCCAAGAGGACGAGGUCCCAGGGGAGGCUCUGACAGACCUGCCCGCAGCUACCCCUGAGGAGCUGGCGCUGGGGGCCCGGAGGAAGAGGUUUCUCCCGAAGGUCAGAGCAGCAGGAGACGGGGAGGCAGCCAAGCCUGAAGAGAGAGAGAGCCCCACAGUUUCCCCACGGGGAUCCCGGAAGAGCCUGGCACCUGGGUCCCCGGGGACUCCGGGGCGGGAGAGGCGCUCUCCUACCCAGGGCAGAAGGGCGGCCAUGCUGGAGGUGCCACGGGCAGAGGAGGAGCCGGCCCUGGGCUCCGGCCCCAAGGCCAGUGGUGCGGACACAGAGCUGGGCCCGGAUGAAGGCCGGCAGGAAUCUCUGGCCAAGCCCAGGAAAGCCCAAGACCAGCUCAAAGCCCCCCAGGUGAUCCGGAAGAUCCGGGUGGAGCAGUUUCCGGAUGCCUCCGGCAGCCUGAAGCUCUGGUGCCAGUUUUUCAACAUCCUCAGUGACUCGGUCUUGACAUGGGCCAAGGACCAGCGCCCAGUGGGUGAGGUGGGCAGGAGUGCCGGGGAUGAGGGGCCGGCGGCCCUGGCCAUCGUGCAGGCGUCCCCUGUGGACUGCGGUGUGUACCGAUGCACCAUCCAGAACGAGCACGGCUCGGCCUCCACUGACUUCUGCCUCAGCCCCGAGGUGCUGUCUGGAUUCAUCUCCCGAGAAGAAGGUGAAGUUGGCGAGGAGAUUGAGAUGACGCCCAUGGUGUUUGCUAAGGGUCUGGCUGACUCCGGCUGUUGGGGGGACAAGCUCUUUGGAAGACUGGUGAGCGAGGAGCUCCGAGGGCAUGGACGUGGGUGUGGCCUUCGGAAGGCCUCCCAGGCCAAGGUCAUCUACGGGCUGGACCCCCUCUUCGAGUCGGGCCGCACGUGCAUCAUCAAGGUGUCCAGCCUGCUUGUGUUUGGGCCCAGCAGUGAGACUUCUCUCCUGGGAAGAAACUACGACGUCACCAUCCAGGGGUGCAAGAUCCAGAACAUGAGCCGGGAGUACUGCAAGAUCUUUGCAGCUGAAGCCCGGGCCGCGCCUGGCUUCGGAGAGGUGCCUGAGAUCAUCCCCCUGUAUCUGAUCUACCGGCCUGCAAACAGUAUCCCGUACGCCACCCUGGAGGAGGACUUGGGCAAGCCCCUGGAGUCCUACUGCUCCCGGGAAUGGGGCUGCGCGGGGCCUCCCGCGGCCUCCGGCGUCUCUGAGGCCGUGCAGAAGUGCCAGGCCUUCCAGCACUGGCUGUAUCAGUGGACAAAUGGCAGCUUCCUGGUCACAGACCUGGCAGGCGUGGACUGGAAGAUGACUGACGUGCAGAUCGCCACGAAGCUGCGAGGAUACCAAGGCCUCAAGGAGAGCUGCUGCCCGGCCCUGCUGGACCAGUUUGCCUCCUCCCACCAGUGCAACACCUACUGCGAGACGCUCGGCCUCAAACCCCUCAAGGGCCCCGAGGCCCACCCUCAAGCCAAGGCCAAAGGCUCCAAGAGUCCAUCUGCUGGCAGGAAGGGCCCCCAGCUGAGUCCUCAGCCCCAGAGGAAAGGCCCCCCUAGUCCCCAGGGCGCCCGCAAGGGUGCCCCAAGCUCCAAGGCCACCCUGCAGGCCUCAGAGGCAGCUGCCGCCCAGUUAUUGGGAGAGCCUCCCGCUCAAGAGGGGGGCUCCAAGGCCCAGGGCAUGCGGUAGCCCCACCAGGAGGCUGGGGGCCUCCACCCAGCAGCACACCAACCAGGAAGCAGCUUGAACCGGAUGGAAACUUUCUCAGUACGGAACUAACCAGAGCAGGAGCACCGCGAGGCCCCGCUCAGGGCCUCCCUGGGCAGCCUCUCCUCACUCAGCUCCUCGUCAGGCGACCUCGGUGCAUGGCACACAGCCCCCUGGCCUCUGCCAGUGCCAUCGUCACUCAGGGCUCCCAGGCCUCAAGCGCCACCCCUCCCCCCGCCAAGUGCCUGGUGGCCGGGGCCCUCCUUGAAGUUUAAGUUUACAGUCACCACUGCUGGAGGCUCCCGAGUCCUCUGCAUGAGUGCUCAGCCCACCCUCGCCCCAGCCCAGCCCUGCAGCCGGCACGGCCCCUCGGGCCCCGCGCCGCCCUGACCGCUCUCUGUCCUCAGGGCCCAGGCCUCCUCUGCUGGGUCUGGCCUGCUGACUCUCAGGGUGUCUCCUCAUGGCUACUUGGUCUAAUUCAUUCUGGCUUCUCCUGCACUAACCUGCCCCUCAGCCCAGGUGGGCCUCAGGACCCUGGCGCGCGCGUGAUCUUGGAUGAUGUGUGUUCCUGCCCCUCCUUCCCCGUCACUCGGCACGUGCUCGCCUGCUCCCCAUGCUCCCCCCAACACACACACACACACACACACACACACAGCUCGGACCCCAGCUGCAGCCUGCCACCUGCCCUCACCAGCUCUUUGCUUGUCUUUUUGCCCAAGGCCUCCCCUGACCCUGACCCUGACCCCAGCCCCACCCACCACCACCCAGGUGAGGAACAGAGCCCCGGCCUCUCCUCGUAUCUGAGCAUGCUCUUGCCCGCUUCUUCUGGGCCCUCUGCUCGGCAGCUGAGAGCUGGCCUGAAGCUCACGUCGGCAGCUGUGGCCGGGAGGUAGCUGUGCCCAUAGUGGAGGUGGUGGGGUCCCAGGACAUUCAUAUCCCUCUCAACCAGGGCUGAAGGCCUGGGGCUCUCCCCAUGGGCAGGGCGUAUGGGUGCUCGGAGGGAACAACCCAUCCGUGCACUAGGGUGCCAGGCCCCCUCUGUGCCCGCCCCAGCUGUCAGCUCUCAAUCUUGGGGGCCCAGCUCUGAACCGUCACGGAUAGGGGCUCCCAAGGAAUUCUGCUCUGGGUCCCGAGCACACUCCUGGGGUCCUGGGGCGGGGUCGAUCCUGAGCUAGCCUGCAAUAAAGCAGCGACUGCGCAUCUGCUUCCUC